CAAGAAGUUUGAGGCUGAAAGGCACAGUGAGAUUAGAGAGCGCACUGCCACAUGGAGUGAAGGGGAUUUCUGACAGUCUUUGGUUUUUCAGAAAAAUGUCUGCCAAGGAGGACCCUACAGUGGAGACAAAUGACAGUGAAAUACGUGAGCUGAGUCCUGCCGGAUUGCAAGCUUAUUUCCCGCAUGCAGGCUUUGAUUUUUGCAUGUUUGUCAAAAACAGGGAGGCAGAAUUCCAAGAAGCCCGUAAACAGCUGCAGAAGAGUUACAACCCUACCAUGAGAAAUGAACACAAUAGAUUAAAGUCCUUCUUGUCCUAUACAUCUUACUCAUCGUGGUCUUUGACAGAAAUGGCAGCUGCCGGGUUUUAUCACACACUUGUUAAAUCCAGUGUGCAGUGUUUUUGCUGUGGAUUAGUUUUAUUUUCCACGAAGGUUAGAUACACCCCCUACGAACAGCACAAGAAAUUUCGUCCCACAUGUGAAUUUAUCCUGGGGAAAGAGGUGGGUAAUAUUUCAAAGUAUGACGUACGUGUUCAGAAGUUGGAGAAGAACCCAGCAGAGCAUGCCUUGAGAUACAGCACAGAAGAUGCAAGGCUGCAGUCCUUUGAUGGAUGGCCGUUCUAUGCCAGAGGAACAAAGCCUGAUUCACUUGCCAGAGCUGGGUUUUUCUUCACAGGCAAGAAAGAUACAGUGCAGUGUUUUGCUUGUGGUGGAUGUCUGGGAAAUUGGGAAGAUGGUGAUGAUCCUUGGAGAGAACAUGCUAAAUGGUUUCCUGAGUGUGAAUUCCUUCAGAGUAAGAAGUCAAGUGAGGAAAUUAAAAAGUAUAUUGAAACAUACAGUGGAUUUGUUGGAGUGGUGGGGAGGCAUUUCACCGCUUCCUGUAUCAGGGAGAAUUUAUCUACAGCAGCAGGUGAUCUUGUCUUGAACAUCUUUGAGGAUGAAGGAGUUCGACUGGACUCUUUUAAAACUUGGCCAGCAGAAGCCCGUGUGGAAGCCACUGCUCUUGCUAAAGCUGGGUUUUUCUAUACAGGAAAAGGCGAUAUGGUACAGUGCUUCAACUGUGCAGGUUGCUUACAGGAAUGGGAAGAAGGUGAAAAUCCUGUGGAAGGACAUGCAAAAUGGUUCCCUAAUUCCAACUGCUUGGAAGUACUUGGAAAGUCACUGAAAGAGCGACCAGAGAGCCCAUCGAUGUUACAGUCUGCACAGCAAACUCCCUGUAAAGAAAAUCUUGAAGAGAAAGCAACCGUACAUUCUGUAGGAGCUGACAUGACAUUUGUUGAAAGUCAGUGUCUUCAAGAAGCAAAGAACUUGACCGAACAACUUACAGAGGCUUACAAUGAUAAAAGCUUCCGCAAAUUAUUUUCCUUUGGGAACUCAAACCAUCUGGCUAUUGACUUGAAAUUACUCUAUGGGGACCUAUCAGUUGUCUCAAAGGAUAUUAAUGAUCAGCCAAUACAGCAUCUCUUUCUUCAUGAAAUCCUUGUGAACCUUAACUCCACUAUUGUGCUGGAAGGUGAAGCAGGAAGUGGAAAAACAGCAUUACUCAGGAAAAUAGCUCUUCUUUGGGCCUCAGGCUGCUGCCCCAUUCUAAGCAGGUUUAAGUUUGUAUUUUACCUCUCCCUGACUUGCACACGACCAGAUCAGAGCAUGGCUGAUAUUAUAUGCAAUCAACCAGGAGGAUUUGUGGGACCGUUAACAGAAACAACUCUAAGAGACGUAAUUCAGCCACUGAAAAACCAGGUCUUAUUUCUUUUGGAUGACUAUAGUGAGGUGAAUUCAGUGCCUCAAGUUGUAGAAGAACUCAUACAAAGGAACCAUCUCUACCAGCAUUGUUUGGUUGUUGCUGUCCGUACUGACAGGAUGAGAGAAAUUCGCAAGUAUGCAACCACGACUUUAAGCAUCACAGAAUUCCCUGUCUCCAGUACUCUGUAUACACUAAAGAAAUUGUUCUCCUACAAUAUUGACCUCGUGGAGCGGUUUCUUGUUCAGCUGGAGCUUGAAAAGUCUAUGCAGACCGUUCUAAAGACACCACUUUUUAUGGUGUCUCUCGCUGCAUAUUGGGUACAGUACCCAAAGGGUAACAUAAUCAGUGGUGAGGCCAUUUUUAAAGCCUAUCUACUCUAUCACUUACUAAAGCACAGUGAAGAAAGAGAACAUGUGCUGGCUAUGUUUUCCUCAUGUGGUGAGCUUGCCUUAACUGGUCUUUUCAAGCCAUCCUUUGAUUUCAUGGAGUAUGAUCUAUCUGAAGCAGGAGUUGACGGAGAUGAAGCUGUUAGGCUGGGUUUACUGAGCAAAUUUACUGCCCAAAGGCUUCACCCAGUUUAUAAAUUCUUUCACCCCUUGUUUCAGGAGUUUCUUGCAGGGAGAAGACUCAGUGAGCUCCUGGUUUCUGACGAAAAAGAAAAACUGGAGCAAGGGCUGCAGUACUUACAGCAAAUCAACACAUUUAGAAAAAUUGCUGGACGCUAUAAUUUUUUAUUGGAUUACGCUUGCAGCUUUUCUUCCAAAGCAGUCCCCCAAAUUAUAUCCUAUUUAUUUAAAUUGAUUGACUGCAAGGAGUCAUUGGAAAGCCAGUCAGAAAAUGAUGAAGAUCUGCAGCACCAUUCAGACCUUCCAAUGAAAAUGUUGUUCAUUGACCAGUUACAUUUUUUUGACUCAAAACUGGUUCUUGCAGUUUUCAUUCAGUAUUUACUGAACUUUGCUACUUCUGUAGUUUAUAAGAGUAAUACUGUAUCUCUGUGUGCCCCCAUCAUUUUACAGUUCCUAAGAGGUAAAAAUAUUAUGUUAGGUUCACUUUUUUUACCACAAAAUUCUGAGUUGCGUUUUUUUCAGGAUUACCCAGAAUCACUGUCUCUACCGAGUAGUUUUCAGCUUGUAGUACAAGGAAGUAAACACAAACAAGAAUUUAAUGUGUCUGAACUAGGAGCUUGCUAUUCUUCACUGGAGAUGCCAACAAUUGACCGGGAUUACGCUCCUGCAUUUACACUUUGUAAUGACUUUGCACAAAAAAUUAAAGAAGAAGAAAAAACUGUUAAUACCUUUUUUUCAAUGACACGAAGACAUCUACCAGACUUCACUGUGUUUCCUUUCCUAUUUACGACAGGGAAGAUGCCACUUUUAAAAUGUAGUUUCAGCAACAUCAGUUCCUUUCAUGAAGCUGACCUCAGAAAUCUGAUGACACUGUUUUCCGUUUCGGAUUAUAUUGAACUUGAGCUAUAUAACAGUCCUGGAUUCAUAGAAGUUAUCCGACCUGCUAUUGAACAGUACAGGGAACAUUUUAAAAAAUGUGGUCUAUAUCAUCUUAACUUGAGCAAAACAGAGCAAGAAUUACUUCUCUCAAUGCCUUUUGUGGAAUGUCUUGAGAUAAAUGAAAAAGAAAUGCCAGAAUUACUUUUUUCAAACUUGGACAAAUUCAGCUGCCUGGAAGAACUGUCAGUGAGUCAACGUGAGAACUGCAACGUGUUUGAUACAAUACCUGAUGGCUUCAAAAAUCUCUGUAACAUGAAGAAAUUGUUGAUAAGCACAAUGAAGCUUGAAAACAGCUCGGGGCUGGUCAAAUUUAUUAAGAGCUUCCAAGACCUCUCUGUUUUGCACCUGGACUGCUUCAGCUACUUCAAGGCUGAAUCCCUUCUGGAAGCAAUUUCUUCAUGCAAGAAACUAACAGAAAUCAAGUUAACUGGGUCAUUUUUGAGAGAUAAAGAUUUGUCUUCUUUAGCUGCUGCUCUGCCCAAUUUUGUCUCUCUCAAAGUGUUGGAUCUUGCAAACCAAUUUUUUGAUGACAAGGAAGCUUGUGAAAGCUUUGCAUACAAUUUAGGUGGUGUUCUUAACCUGGAGGAGCUCAUCCUUCCUGCAGGGAAAGGAAUAAAGUCUGCAGCCAAACUGAUUGUUCAGCAGUGUCUACACCUGCUGCACCUCAGAUACUUCUCAUUUAACCUAUGUAUGGAUGAUGACAGCCUGUUGGAAAUAGCAAAGGUUGCAAACUGUGGAGGUUUCCAGAAGCUUGAAAAUCUCUCACUGUCAGCAAAUCACAAUGUUACAGAAACUGGUUGGAGAAACUUCUUUAGAACGCUUGAAGACAUGCCCGCUUUAAAAGAGCUGGCCAUCGGCCGCAUGUUCACGCAUCAGAUCAAAGCCAGUGCACCAACAGUGACAGCUUUUGUGCAGUGUGUUUCGCGAUUGCCUAGUCUUGUGACAAUAACAAUGCUGGGUUGGCUCCUUGAUGCAGAGGACCUUAAAAUGUUUGAUAUCAUGAAGAAGCAGCAUCCCCAGUCUAAGAGUUUAAAAUUAUCUUGGCAAUGGGUCUUGCCACUCGCACCAAUUUUUCAAGACUAGAAAAGUUUGCAAGUGUUAGGGUUUGGGGUUUUUUGCCCUCUUCCUUCUUGUAUUGCAAAUUAUACACUUGCAUUGCAAAUGAACAAGUAUUGUAAAAUGCUUACCAGGAUGAAGCAUGCCAGUCUCUUCUGCAGCAGGGUUAGGUUAAUGUAAAAGUAUCAAGGAAUAGAAGACAGGAUUAACAUAACCCUUAAAAACCUGACUUGUUUUGCAAAUAUGGUUAUAGAUUGUAUCUAAGUAAGUGCUAUCUAUCUUCCUAUUAAAAAUGUAAAAUUUUGCUUAAAGUCUAUUUAAUAUAAAUUAUUUAUACUCAGUUCUUUUGCUUGCAAUGAAUUAAAUCACAUGAAUCACUUACUUACUUACGCAAUAAAAAUCAUAGGUCAGGACUGCACCAAAAAUAAUACUGGAUGCCAGAUUUUACUAGUGUUGAGAACUGGUAAAGGCCACUUUUUGUAACAUAAUGCCAGACACAAACACAGGACUGACUAGCUGAUUGAGGCAGAUGGCUGUUGUGCCUCUUUAGCAAUCAACAGCUGCUGAACAGCUAAUUUAGAAGCUUUGCGUCACUGCAAGCAAUCCUAAUUUACUUCAGCUAGACAACUAAGAAAAAGCCUUUGAAGUAGCUUAGGGAAGUCAAGAUUACAUCUUUCUCUCUUUCCUCAAUCAUUUGUGGGAAAACUGAUUUUCUGACACUCCACCACAGUAGGAAAAGGAAGUGAAUGCAGCAAAGUUCAGGUCUGUAUUUGGCUAGUUUCCCUGAAAAGUGAACUACUGGCUUUAACUAAAGUACUGUCUGGUUUUGUGGCUGCAGCCUCUAUUCUACAGGAGUUAAGAUGGUAAGGGAUGAAAUCUAAGUCCAUACUGACCCUUACCUUUCUAGAGUCUGCUUUUUCCAAUUUGUUCAGAAUGGUGCUCAGAAAAAGGCCACACAGCAAAACAUCCUGGUGUUUUUCAGCCAUUCACCCAACAGACAGAUGUCUACAGAAGCUAAAAAUAAAAACCACCCCAAAACAAGCCACACCCCUAAAUUCAAAGUUUGAAAAGUAGAACUUUAUUAACAAGCAUUUGAAAGAAAAAAUGAGCCUUUCUCACUCCAGCUGUCGUGCUCAGGAUUCUAAUCAGACCCAUGAGAUACCUCUUUUAAUAGGAUGGCAUACAGUUUUCCAGGCCACUGCCACCAGCGGCCACUGUAACACACGUUGCUACCAUAUCUGUCACUUAAAAAAUAUUCUGUAAUUGCUAGUUCUGGUGUUGUCAUUCAGAUAAAAAAAAUCUGAGGAAAACAAGAGGUGUUAAAAUGAGAAAUAAAUGAAAUCUAUCACAUGGGGUUAAAGGACUUAAAUGUGGUAAAGACUUAAAAUUGUUUCAGGGAAAUAAAAAAUAUUUUAUUGCUGCAGUGCUUUCUAAAUACAUUUGACUAGAGGUCUUUAAGAAAUGGCUCAUUUCAAUGCACAUACAAUUACUAGUCUCAAGUUAUCAGUUUACUUGUUAUCAGGGGCAACUCAAUGUUAAGAAAAUGUUAAGAUUAAUUGUCUUGAUAAAAUUCUGAUCUUCACCAUCAACCAUCAGCGCACAAGUGAUAUACACCUCUCAGUAGGAAAGAUUUGUACCUG